AUGCCGUUCAGUGCGGACGCGUUUAAACCGCUGCUACAUGACCAAAUAACGGAGAUGCAGCGCAAAAUUCAACUUCUAGAGGGGGACAGGACUGCAUACUAUGAGAGCUCUCAGUCCACCAUCAGGAAAAACACAGAGUCCAUCCGCCAGCUGAGGCAGGACAACAAGAGGCUGUGCAGGAAACUGGCUGAAGCUAAUGCUGGUGACGAUAAUAUCAUAAAAGUGGCCUUUCAGAACAGAGGCUCGGAGAAGGAGGCCUUCCGCAACAUGUCGGGGAAGGCAGCCCUGACAACGCUAGACCAGAAGGUGCUGUCCAAAACGAAGCGUCUCAACGCCCUUAAGCACACCUCCCAGACCCUCCAGCGCCGCCUGGAAGAGCUGAACCUGGAGUACCAGAGAAUGAGACCAGAGGGCGGCAGCGGAGCGCAGUCUGCUGACGCUCGCAUGCGGAAAAAAGAGGAAGAUGCCAUGAAACUGCGGGCGCUGGAGAACAGUCUGGAGAAGACCCAGUUUAAGUGUAAGGAGGCGGAGAACAUCAUGAACAACUACCUGAAACUCAAAAGUCACCUGCAGGAUGAGAGUCUGACUUUUCAGGGUCAGUUGGACUCUCUGGAGGAGCAAAUCCUGAAGCACAGAGAGGAGCUUCACAGCAUGCAGGUCAUGAACAACGACGCUCAGCUCUCCAAAGAAGCUGCCAAGGCUGACUUACAGCAGCAGGAGGAACUGCUCUACAAGGAGCGCAAGGAGAGAGAGCGCAUUAUAGCAAGCUACAGAAAAAUGGUCGAGGAUCGCAAGGCUCAGGCUGAAAAAAUCGAAAGAAGGGCUCAGAGAACAGUGAUGCAGACAGAUGAGCUGAGCAGUGAGGCCCAGCGCAGCAGCCCCAGGAUGGCAGGUGAGGAGGAGAAGGUCAUCUCAACUUUUGAGGAGGCUUUCAGACGCAUCAAGGAGGCCACCGGAGUCACAGAUAUACAGGAGAUAGUGGAGCGCUUCAUCUCACAGAAGGAGAAACACCAACAUCUGGAGGAGCUGAAGGGAGAGAACGAGAAGGUGCUGCAGCAGCUGAAGGAGCAGAAGGAGCUCCUGAACCUGCAGUUCCAGGAUGUGAAGUACUCUGGAGAGGCUAAACUGUCCAGUGACCAACAGAUGCUGGAGGAGUGUGAGCAGCAGCUGCAGGCUCUACAGCGGAGGAGUGAUGCAGGUAAAGAGCAUCUGGAGUGGCUUAUUAAGGCCCUCGGUACUGUCCGAGCCGGUGUGGAGCACCUCGCAGACAAACUCCAACACAUCACACUGAGUGAGGACACGGCGGCUGAAGUGUCUCCAGACUCGGAUGAGUUUGUGGUGGAGCUGAUGACCCAGUGUGAGCUGAAGCUGCAGUCGCUGCACGAUGAGCUGCGGGGAAGGGAUUUGGCUGCUAUCAUGAAGGAGAUGGAGGAAGACGAGUUCUAUGUCCGGAUUGAGGGGAAACUGCCAGCUUACAACACUCGUGUCAAACUGCCUGAGGACCAGAGACCGGACCUCUUCAAUGAAGAGGAAGACAGCGAAGAGGACGAGGCUGACAUCAUCUCUCGUGAGGCUCUGAAGCGUCAGUCUCAGCUGAUCAUCGACUCCAAGUCAAAGAAGAAGCUCUGGAAGAAGAAGGGCAAGUUCUGAACCGACGCCACUGUCUCAAGACUCAAAAACAAUCAAUCAAUCAACCAAAAACUAAUUUUGGUGUAAAAUGAGCUGACUGUAAAUGGAGGGCAAAAGAACCUAUAAUGAUCAUGGCAGCUUUACCAUGUCUGUUUUCCACAUGCAUAAUUAUUAAUAUUAUUACCUUAGACCCUGUUUACACUUUGCUUUAAAAUACGUUUUGGGUGAUCACAUGACAACACAAGCGUAAAAGCAUCCAAAAUACACAGAUUCUGAUCUGAUU